AUGGAGGCACUACUUUCCCUUUCGUUUGAUAAUAUUGCAGCCCAAGAUAGCAGCAAGAUCCGAAAAGGCCUACGACAAAUCGAGGGACUUCUCGCGCAAAUAUGCCUUGCUCCAGGAACAUCAAACAACCUGUCCCCUACCAAACGGAGGACAUCUAUAGCACCCGCAAGUGACCAGCAGAAGAAUUUGAGCACGCUCACUGGCGAUCCUGCAUUCAGAGAGUUCUUCAGGUUACAAGAAGGUUUCGAAUGGAAUGUCGCAACCAGGCUGGUGAGCUGUCUCGAGAGGCUUCUGGGAAUGCCAAACAGCGAUGAGAACGACCUCAUUAUCAAGCAGGCUCUAGACGUCCUCCAGGGGAUCCUCCUUCUACACCCACCAUCGCGGUCACUGUUCCGUCGUGAAACCUACAUGAACCUUCUUCUCGACCUACUCGAUCCGUAUAAUUGCCCUGCCAUUCAAUGUAGCACACUACUCGUCCUAGUCUCCUCUCUCCUAAGCACACCGGCCAACACGCGCGUCUUCGAGAACAUGGACGGUCUUCUCACGGUGACAUCGCUCUUCAAAUCACGCAACACCGCACACAAUGUCAAGCUCAAGCUCCUAGAGUUCAUAUACUUUUACCUCAUGCCAGAGAACCCUUCAAUCGCAUCUUCCACAGCACCAAUCGGAGGACUAAAUCGCAGCCCAAGCAAGUUGCUGGGUGCAUUCGAAAGACGCACAGUACUGGGUGGAGCAGAAAUUGUGAACGGUGGCGACAUUGAGGGAGAUACCCGGACUACAGAAGAGAAGCAGAAAACACUAGGAAAAUAUCUAAGCAAUGUGGAGGAUCUGGUCAUGGACCUGAAAGAAGCGGCUCCGUUCGCAGAGAUGGUGUCUCAUUGA